UUGUGACGGACACUGGUUCGGGUUGAGGUCUUUUCGGCAGAAGAUGGAGAGGAAAGGAGAUUGAGAGAAUCGGCUGUAGGACUCGACCAAACUGGAAUGUGCAAUUCGAUGGAGUCCAAGAUGGGAAAUUCUACCGGUGAUUGGUGAAUAGGAGUUGGCACUUUUUACAGUGUGGAUGAAGCGAGAAAAUAUACACAGAACACUCGUAUGAUUGAAAUCCAGGCACAGAUGUCAGAGAGAGCAGUCGAACUACUGAAUUUACCACAGGAUCAACCUUGCUUCCUCUUAGACGUUGGGUGUGGAUCAGGACUCAGUGGGGAUUACCUUUCUGAAGAAGGACAUCACUGGGUUGGUGUGGAUAUCAGUCCAGCCAUGCUUGAUGUUGCACUGGAGAGAGAGAUAGAAGGUGAUCUUAUUCUAGGAGACAUGGGUGCGGGUAUGCCAUUCCGGCCCGGCAGCUUUGAUGGCUGCAUCAGUAUUUCUGCUCUUCAGUGGUUGUGCAAUGCAGAUAAGAAGAGUCAUAACCCUCCAAAACGGAUGUACAGAUUCUUCAGUUCUCUCUAUGCCUGUCUGGUGCGAGGAGCUAGAGCUGUGUUUCAGUUUUAUCCUGAGAAUUCUGAGCAGAUGGAGUUGAUUACAGCCCAGGCAAUGAAGGCUGGUUUCACGGGUGGUGUGGUGGUGGAUUACCCCAACAGCAACAAAGCAAAAAAAUUCUUCUUGUGUCUGUUCGCAGGAGUGUCUGGAAAGCUGCCAAAGGGCCUUGGAGCGGAGCAGGAAGAGGACAUGAAGAGCCAUGUGCAGUUUACAAAUGCCAGGUUGAGAUUUAAGAACAUGAAGGGGAAAUCUGUGAAGGGAAGCAGGGACUGGAUUCUGGAGAAGAAGGAGCGUCGAAGGCGUCAAGGAAGGACGGUUCGAAGUGACACCAAAUACACUGGAAGGAAGAGGAAGGCCCGAUUUUAGGAAGGCAGUGGCUGAGAGUUUAAUUUGGUUACAGCAUGCAGAGCCCUGCGAAAUGUUCACUCGGCAUGUACCUCCAGUGGUUAAUAACCAUGCCAACCCUUUUACCAGGGAGUGAGUUCUCCAUUUUGCAGAUCUCAAAAAGUGACUGACUAGCUUUGCAGAUAAUGAACAGUUUGAAUGAAGCCUGCUUCCUCUUUCACCUCAGUGCCUUUUGAUGGAGAGGGUCCCAGAAUGGUUCAGUAUCCUGAACUGUCCAGUUCUUGACUGAAUAUCAAAAGGCUGAGCACAUUGAAGCCUGCAUCGCAAUACACUAUUGAUCCUGAUCUUGCACAAGAAAAAGUGUUACUAUCUUCCAACUCUUAAUGUUAAAGAUAGAUUUUAUUUAGCAAUGAUAAGCCUGUUAACUUCAUUAAAUUAUGGGAUGUAGGCCAACAUCAAUCUUUAAAAAAACAUACUUUAUUCAUUGCUUGCAGUUAUAAGAUGUAUGUUUUAAUCUGAAUUAUGAAGUCUCUGCUGAAUUAAAUAUUGUUUUUUGUCCAAGACCAAGUAAAAUACUGUACUUGAUUUU